AUCUCCUCCUGCUCCACGUCGCUCCCCUUGGAUGGCUGGAGCACCGUAUGCCCUCCCCUUCCCCACCCCUGCUUCUAAUUAUGGUAUUCUCCGUCUUCCAUCCACCUACUGAGCUCUUUAGAGGCUCUCCUUGAUGCCCGACCUCCCUUGCUCAACCCGACCUCCUGCUGGAGGCCGUCCACGGCCAACCCCCGUGUCUCAACUGGGAUUGCUAUUAAACCCACAGCUGAGCUCUCAAUGAUGACUGCUGGGCCGCCGUGAUUCUUUCCUACUGGUCUUGUUUCUCCACGCUCUACGCACUCCCCGCGAUCUGGAGUCCUGUGUUCCUGCCGCGGCGGCCCGUCACCAUGACCACCGGACCCAUCCAUACCUAUGGCCCUACAUGUUUUCUCGCUGACGAUGAUCCCGAUCCAUCCUCCUGGUUUCUCCAAGACCGGCCACCUGCCGCUCGUCCACAGUUCUUUUACACCUCCCCGUUACCCAUCGAUGAUCCGUUGGCCGCUCUCCCAUCUGGCGGUCAGGGUCCCGAAAAUGAAAGGGCUCCGCUCCAUCCUUUCUCGGUGAGGGACAAUGCGACCCUGGAAGACACCUGGAAGGCACUGCAGCGGGAUGUGAGACAGAGGCUUUCUGGGAAAUCCAAAUUUCAGGACGGUGCGGCGCCGGCGGGUAACUGGGAGACAAACGGACCCGACCGUGAAUUCAUGGGGCGCCGCAGCGAUGCACCCUCGCUUGGGGGCAGUGCCCCUCCACUGUCGUGGGACAACCGAAUGCCGACUGAUCUCCGGAUGCGACCGGGAAACGAAGCUGGCGAGGCGAACGGAAACAACAGAGCCCGAGAAAGGUCACGCACAGUUGGCAGUAGCUUAGAGUACGGUCAUACGUUCGACACCGGCACCCGUCAGAGAAAAGAGCGGGCUCUGAGUGACAAACUCAGGACAGUAGAAACUAAGGCCAGUGGGACGUCGCUCAAUGAGGAGACAGCACCUGACGGAGCAGAGGGCACCAGUCCACGAAGCUACCCUUCACGCGAUGCGAGCAUCACUGGCUCCCCCUUUGCCAGAGCCCCUAUUUCCCAGAUGCAGAGCGCCUUGGGACGAUCGGUUGGGUCUGCUUCGUCAAACGAUGGGGAUGAGGUACCUCAGACUGUGCCGAUGACUCAAGCGGCGUCCAAGCCAUCGGGUCUCAGAACGUCGAUUCGUCAGAGGUCUCCCGAAGGCUCUGAUGACGAGACUGGGGGGCCCGCCCCGAUUGACGAGACACAGAGCAAGGUCCCCGUUGGUGCGUCCCGCCUCCACCUUGUGGAACUGCCGACUCUAAAGAUGAAACCCAUAUACUGGAGUCCUUUACACGAUAUCUCAAAUGUCAUCCGCGCGACCUGGUUUUACAAGAAUACCAUGUUGCCCGUGGAGACCGAGCUUGCCAAUAAACUAGAAGACGGAUACACUUACCUAAAGCCGUGGACCGAGACAUGGCAGGAUGAGCUGAAUAGCUGUGUCGACAACGGGGCUGACGCUGAGGUGAAGAUCGUACACAGACUGUGGCCCAAAGUGAACACGACACGACCACCCACAGCGGCGGUGGCACCGGGUUCUGAAACCUCUAGCUCCGCUGCGCGUUUGUCAAAUCCACACAGGAUCGAUGGGCUCCAUGGCAUGACAACUGAUACCAAUCGGGCUGCGGGGGCCACUUCUGCACAUUCUGAAGCGGUCAAGCUCUUCCUGAACUCUAGUGUCAUCUACGCCGAUGGAAGGAACGCGCAGAUCCUCCGGCCCAGCCUCCUUCCCUCCGUGUCGAGGGGGAGAAGGCCGCUCAGUGCGAUUCGUAAAGGAAGACAGAUCGGCAUCCCCGUGGUUCGUGGCUUCAGUAGGCGAUUGUGGGACCGAUUACAUCCAAGCAAACCCAGCCCCGUAGACGUGAGGAAUUAUCUUCGCAGGACUCAGUCCCGGGCCAUGUCAGCGACAUCUGGUGAGCCUAUCUGUUAUGCCUGUGCGAUAGAGGAGUUACGACCCGCACCAACGGACCUGGUGCUUGUCAUACACGGGAUUGGCCAGAAAUUGUCAGAACGUAUGGAAAGCUUUCAUUUUACCCACGCCAUUAAUGCUUUCCGGAGGCAAAUCAACAUGGAACUAAAUAGCGAGACGGUCUGGCCACACGUACGACCAGGCCAUGAGGGCAUCAUGGUUCUCCCAAUUAAUUGGCGGUCCACCCUGUCUUUGGAUGAAGCCAAUCUUGAAUCCCCUGCCGCCGAGGACCCGGCUGCCAACCACUAUUCCCUUGAUGAUAUCACGCCUGCGACUAUUCCCGCCGUCCGAUCAUUGAUCAGCGAUGUCAUGCUGGAUAUACCUUACUAUCUGUCCCAUCAUAAGCCGAAGAUGAUCCGCGCAGUGGUCCGAGAAGCUAACCGCAUCUUCCGGCUUUGGUGCGAAAACAACCCAGGGUUUCAGCAGCAUGGACGGGUCCACCUCCUCGCCCAUUCUCUGGGCAGUGCCAUGGCCCUGGAUAUCCUCAGUCAUCAGCCGACCAAGAUCCCGCACCUGGACUUUUCCAAUACUGGCAUUCACGGAGACAUGUUUGAGUUUGACACGAGGAACCUGUUUAUUUGCGGUAGCCCGGCCGGUUUCUUUCUGCUUUUAAACAAAGCGAACCUUCUGCCACGACGUGGUAGAGAGAAACCAGGUUGCGAAGGCGAUGACCGACUACGAGGGGUCGCAGGCGAAGCAGAUACCUAUGGCUGUUUGGCCGUGGAUAACUUGUACAAUAUCAUGCACACCACCGAUCCAAUCGCCUACCACGUCAACGCCGCAGUUGAUAGCGACCUAGCCAAUUCUCUCAAACCCGCUUCCAUCCCAACCUCCACCGCAUCGCUCUGGCAGUCCGUCGGCACCGUGUUCCGCUGGAGUUCACCCCCGGCCCUGAUCUCCUCCACGGCCACCAUCCCCACCCGUCCAGCGACCGUGACCAAGCUUCCUACCAACGUCGAGCUCGAAACCCACGACUUCACACGCGAGGAAAUCGCCGAAAAGCGCAUGUUCCUCCUCAACGAUAACGGCCAAAUCGACUACUUCCUUUCCGGCGGUGGCGGGCCCCUGAACAUCCAGUACCUGAACAUGCUCAGCGCCCAUAGCAGCUACUGGACCUUGACGGAUUUCGUUCGCUUCCUGGUCAUCGAGAUAGCCCGAAAACAGGGUCGACAUCACACACUCCCCGUGCUGCGGGCCGGGAAGAAGAAGGGUUGGAAGAUUCACAAAGGCUGAUUGGAUUCUCUCCCCCUCUCACGCCCUCCAUGAUUUUCCACAUCUUGCUAGAUGUCACUCGUGGUCUCUUCCUUCUCUCCCUCUCCCAGAUGCUUUCUGUCAGACUGUCCCUCCCCUAUCGAUGGCGCAGCGCGAAAUCGCUUUAGUUUGGCAACGAUGCCCUUGUUUGGACUCCAGUGCACAAACACAGAGACACAGCCAGCGCUUCUUCGUUUCAGUACUUGAUGCCAUCUCCUGAUUUUCAUGAUGCAUAAUGACCAUUCUCGGAUAUCCUCUGGCGUUUUUUCUUGGACAUCUUACGAUGUGAGUAACUACUUUUAAUGAUCUUACCGCCCAUUAGGAAAGAUGGGCACUGCCAGAUGUAUAUACUUUCCACUCUCAUUUCUUUUCUUCUCUUGCUCUCUUUUUUUUGGGGUUUGAAGAAACCUCAUUGCGACAAAAUAAAUGGAAAUAUCUCUCCCUG